AUGCCUCAGGCCGGCCCACUCAGUCCACAGCUCAGCCUGCUGGCCAGGGCACCUGUGUGCCCCCAGAGACCCCCGCUACAUCUCCUGCACUGCCCAGUCUGCAGUUCGCACCUGUCAGACUGCUUCAGCACACUAACCUUGGAUCAAAGCCAGUUCAUUCACUCAGCGCCUGCCUGGUCCACUAACCUGAUCGGCCGGGCCCACACACCUCACUCUCAGCAGCCUGGAACUUUGGCUGUGGUGGGACACAAAGAGCCGAUUCCAGAUGACAGUAAAGACAACAUCACAAUUUUCACUCGUAUUCUCGACAGGCUGCUGGAUGGAUAUGACAACCGGCUACGCCCCGGGCUUGGAGAGAGCGUGACAGAAGUGAGAACAAACAUCUAUGUGACCAGCUUCGGCCCAGUGUCGGAUACAGACAUGGAGUACACCAUCGAUGUGUUCUUUAGGCAGAGCUGGAGAGACGAGAGGCUCAAGUUUGACGGGCCCAUGCAGAUCCUGCCUCUGAACAACCUGCUGGCCAGUAAGAUCUGGACCCCAGACACCUUCUUCCACAAUGGCAAAAAGUCUGUGGCCCACAACAUGACCACGCCAAACAAACUGCUCCGCCUAGUGGACAACGGCACUCUGCUCUACACCAUGAGACUCACCAUUCAUGCCGAGUGCCCCAUGCACCUGGAGGAUUUCCCGAUGGAUGCACAUGCCUGUCCACUCAAGUUUGGGAGUUAUGCUUAUACAAACAAUGAGGUGAUUUACUUGUGGACUCAGGGGGAUGAGAGGUCUGUGGCCGUGGCAGAGGACGGUUCCAGACUAAACCAGUACGAUUUACUGGGACAUGUCAUUGGCAAAGAGACCAUCAGCUCUAGCACAGGAGAAUAUGUAGUGAUGACAACAUAUUUCCAUUUGAAAAGGAAAAUUGGCUAUUUUGUGAUUCAGACCUACCUCCCGUGCAUCAUGACUGUCAUACUGUCUCAGGUCUCCUUCUGGCUAAACAGGGAGUCAGUUCCGGCACGGACUGUAUUUGGGGUCACCACUGUCCUAACCAUGACCACCCUGAGCAUCAGUGCUAGAAACUCCCUCCCUAAAGUGGCCUAUGCCACGGCCAUGGACUGGUUCAUGGCUGUGUGCUAUGCCUUUGUCUUCUCUGCAUUGAUUGAGUUUGCAACAGUCAACUACUUCACCAAACGCAGCUGGGCAUGGGAUGGGAAAAGAGAGGGCAUGGAAAUCAGGGAACCGUUUCAGGCUAACAUGGCCAGGAUUAAAGAUAUGAGGAGAGAAUCUGCAGUUUUGACCAAAAAAGCAAACAACACUUUCAACAUUGUCGGAACAACCUACGCUCUCAAAGACCAAGGAUUGACGACCAUUUCCAAAAGCGCGCCCGCUGCACCAAUGGUUAAACAAACCCUAAGAGGCAUGGAUGACCCCUACACAGAGGCCAAGAAAUCCUACAACCGAGUCAGCAUAGUGGACAAAAUCUCACGCAUCAUUUUCCCCGUCCUCUUCUUUGUCUUCAAUCUAGGCUACUGGGCCACAUACGUCAACAGAAAGCCAGCUAUCAUGAAAGCUAACAAUCCCAAUGGAAUCUGA